GACAAUUGGAAAGCCUAGGUAGUUAUUUGGGGAGGGGUCUUUGCGCUUUGGCGAAGCGCAAAGCUGCGCCUCUUUGGCUUGAGGCCUGAGGCCUCGAGAAGCUUCUGUGGAAGGGUGGGCCGGCGGGCCAAGAGAAAGAAAGUGAAUAAAUCAGGACUAAGUGGGCUGGGGGCCCCUGAGAGGGGGGUCACAAAGGGUGAGACAUGGCCACCAGGCGUUUAACCGACGCUUUCUUGUUGUUGCGGAAUAAUUCCAUCCAAAACCGGCAGCUGUUAGCCGAGCAACUUGCUGAUGACCGUAUGGCACUGGUGUCAGGCAUCAGCUUAGAUCCAGAAGCAGCAAUUGGUGUGACAAAACGGUCACCUCCUAAAUGGGUGGAUGGAGUGGAUGAAAUUCAAUAUGAUGUUGGCCGGAUUAAGCAGAAGAUGAAAGAAUUAUCCAGCCUUCAUGACAAGCAUCUAAACAGACCCACCCUGGAUGACAGCAGUGAAGAGGAACACGCCAUCGAGAUAACUACCCAGGAAAUCACUCAGCUCUUCCACAGGUGCCAGCGUGCCGUGCAGGCCCUGCCGAGCCGGGCCCGGGCCUGCUCCGAGCAGGAGGGGCGGCUGCUUGGGAACGUGGUGGCCUCGCUGGCGCAGGCCCUGCAGGAACUCUCCACCAGCUUCCGGCACGCACAGUCGGGCUAUCUCAAACGCAUGAAGAAUCGAGAGGAAAGAUCCCAGCAUUUUUUUGACACAUCAGUACCACUAAUGGAUGAUGGAGACGACAAUACUCUUUACCAUCGGGGUUUUACCGAUGACCAGCUAGUGCUGGUGGAGCAGAACACACUGAUGGUGGAGGAGAGGGAGCGAGAGAUCCGCCAGAUUGUACAGUCCAUUUCCGACCUGAAUGAAAUCUUUAGGGACUUAGGAGCCAUGAUUGUAGAACAGGGUACAGUCCUCGAUAGAAUUGACUAUAACGUUGAACAGUCCUGUAUCAAAACGGAAGAUGGCUUGAAACAACUUCACAAGGCAGAACAGUAUCAAAAGAAGAAUCGGAAGAUGCUUGUGAUUUUAAUAUUAUUUGUCAUCAUCAUUGUGCUCAUUGUUGUCCUCGUUGGCGUGAAGUCUCGAUAAAUGGCAUUGGGUUCUCGUGUGUGUCGCACGCAUGCAUCUCCCGGUGUGAGGGGCUUGGCUUGCGCGGGCCAGCUGCCGUCAGAGGUGCAGCCCCGAGGAAUCCGAGGGCGUCGGGGCAGAGAACCUUUCCAUCCACGGACUCCUCCUCCACUAGUCCUGCAAGCGGUUCGGGGAAUGGGCUUUUGUUUUUCCUUCAUUGUUGAGAAUUUAAGGACCUUUGAUACUGCUGCACAAUAGAGAUUUGAGUUCUGUGAUCAGUUAUAAAAUAUAUUUUUCUUAGAGAAAGUGAGCUGAAAGUUUACAGGGACUGCAGAAGCUGUUCAGUGUUAUAUGUGUAUAUGCUAUUUUUUUAGCAGCCAUGUCUGAGCAGAAUGUUAAAAUAAUUUUUGGAAAAAUUUUCUUUAAACCAUCUGGUUUUUAAGAAAUUUGGUACCAAAAAUUGAUGAGUAGAGGCAAAAAUGCCUCUUCAUCUUUCUCUAUAUAUUUUCCAGUUGAAAACAACCAAGAAGUCCUUUAAGAAUUUAUAAUCCGUUCCCCAUUAACUUAAUUUAGCUUUUCCAUCACUGUUAAUGAUCAGAGUAACAAAGUGUGAAAAAUAAGAAACCAUCAUUGAUGUUAAUUAACACAUUUAGAUGGGCCAGUUAAAACAGCUUCAUAAGUUUAAAUUAAUUGUAAAUGGAAUAUUCCUUAUUUAAAAUUUUUGCACUGCAUUUUCUACUGUAAACCAAAAGGGGUUACUAAGCAAAACCACCUCAAAUUAAGUUGGCGAUUUGAAUGAAUCUCGCAUUAAAAGAAAGCUUGGCAGUGUUAUAAAAGCCACCAGUCUCAGCCAGUGUGUCCCCGUGGGUAUCCCCAGCCUCCUUGCUCAGUCCAUUACUUAUAUGCUAACUACAUAAUGACCUGUUCAAACCAGACUCUAUUUAAUGAACUGUGAAUUUACACAGAGGCCAUUUUAAAUGGGUCACCCCAUUUAGGAUUAGUGGAUCUCAAAUUAUUAACCAAACAUCACUCCAUUUCAAAGUAAAAUAUCCCACCAGUGAUUUGAUUUAUUGGCUCUUCCAUUGCCACUGAGCAAUGCCUAGGAAGCAGGCACAUUGCCAAGGACUGUGGGCAUCUUGACUAGGACGCUUCUCGUUUGUGUGAGUGUGGGUCAGAUCGCCAAAGUAAGACUUCGUCAUUUUCCUACCUGUUAUAAAUAUGGUGCUCAAAUACAUUCCUACAACUGUAGAAUCGUGUGGAAAGGGAUGGGAAGUUUGAAGUUGUUCAUGUUUUAUUGGUCUUGUUUUAAUUGAUACCAGUAGAGUUUUAAUGGUCUUUGUGUAAUUUUUAAUGGCUUUUCCAUUGUUUUUGCUUCUCUUACAAAGUGUAAGAAGUGUAUGACCUCAUUCAAUGUACUGCAUUUUAUUUGGACCAGUCACA